AUGCCUCUCCGGGCCGGCUUUCGGCACGCUGAGGCGAACUUGUUUGGCGUCCUGUUAGCAAUAAUUCUGAUUUUGACGCGAGUCUCCGCGAUUCAAGAGGACAGCAAAGUAAUUGAGGAGCAGCAGCCUGUUGAGAAAGCUGCCACUGGCCAACCUGCAGGUCCAGCAGUCAGUCAGGAUGAGACAGGAAAAGGCAACCUGGGCUUUAUCCAUGCGUUUGUGGCAGCCAUUUCGGUCAUCAUCGUUUCAGAGCUGGGAGACAAAACCUUCUUCAUCGCAGCUAUCAUGGCCAUGCGAUACAACCGGCUCACUGUAUUGGCAGGAGCUAUGCUGGCUCUGGGUCUCAUGACCUGCCUGUCAGUCCUGUUCGGUUAUGCCACCACUAUUAUCCCACGAAUUUACACCUACUAUAUCUCCACGGCGCUGUUUGCCAUCUUUGGCAUCAGGAUGCUAAGAGAGGGGUUGAGGAUGAGUGCUGAUGAAGGCCAGGAAGAGCUUGAGGAGGUGCAGGCUGAGAUUAAGAAGAAAGAUGAGGAGCUGCAGCGCUAUAAGUUGGCCAAUGGGGCUACAGAUGUGGAGACAGGGACAGCGGCGACCAUGUUGCCUCAGAGGAAGUGGCACAGUGUGAUCUCGCCCAUCUUCAUCCAAGCACUAACCCUCACUUUCCUGGCUGAGUGGGGAGACCGCUCUCAGCUCGCUACCAUUGUCCUGGCUGCACGAGAGGAUCCAUUUGGAGUGGCAGUGGGUGGAACUCUGGGACAUUGUCUGUGCACAGGCCUGGCUGUUGUUGGUGGGAGGAUGGUAGCUCAGAAGAUAUCAGUCAGGACUGUUACAAUCAUUGGAGGGAUCGUUUUCCUUGCCUUUGCUUUCUCUGCUCUCUUCAUCAAGCCAGAAACUGGAUUCUGAUUGGAGGAAAGACCUUCUGGUGUUUUUCUGUAAAUACCAGCUCAGCUGUGCUCUACUUACAAAGAGGGACUGUAAACAAAGGCUGAGUGUGAAUAUUGGAGUGUGUAUGACUUAUGUUUGUUUGUGUGUGUGAGUGCAGUGUUAUUGCUCACGUCUUAAAGAUCCUGUCACAGAAGCUGUGUUGGUUUUAUACUAUUUUUUUUUCCUCAUUUAACAGAAGGUUUGAAAUGUGCAAUGCCACAUUAUUAGCUGGCCUCAAGAUUGAAUGCGUUUAGCCGUAUGUUUUCAGGGACUGCCAGCUUCCGUGACAGGUGACCUUUAGUUUUUUACUAUUAUUUUUUUUCCUUUCCCUUUUUGUUCUUCCUCAGUCUCCAAAUUACUCCCCCACCAAAACAUUUUUUCUGUUUACUUACGAAUCUCCAGUCAGUGUACUUGAAUGUGCUGGGUAGUGAGUAUUCUGGCAACUUUGAGUCUACAGUCACAACAUUCAGUUAAACGGGCUGUGUGCUAAUGCAUACGUGUAGCCCUUGCCCAGUUCCACAUGAUGUACGUCUGCAUUUGUCCUUUGAUCUACUGUAUGUGGACCGAUUUGUGAAAUUCUGUGCUCAUACAGUGACAGAGUACAGUACAGAGGCCCUUUAAACUAAUAUCCAUCUAAGGUCAUUGCACAAUCACAACUACAGGUACAGAGUGAGCUGCAGGUACAGACAGUUUGAACAUGUCGCAGCCCAUUCACUCUCGCCUGCCACUCAUGAACUGAGAGCCCAUUCAGUGGCCAGUAGUGCUUUUUAGUCCUAUUUUAUAUUUAAUCAAAAGUGAGUUUACCUUCUUGUACUCCUCCACUGCCAUGAAGUGAACAGUUGCCCAAGGUAAAGUCCUUUCAGGCUGUCAGCUGUGGAAGCAGUUUCUAUUUAUUAUUCUUUUUUUUUUUUUUUUUUGUACUGUAGUCCUGUCAGGGAAGACACUGAUUGCUGGUUUUUGUUGUUCAAGGUGACUUGACUUCAUUGUCAAUAUUUGACAGGACUUGUCCAGCUUUAAAGGACAAGCAGAUUCACUAUUUUGUGGCGCAGCAGAUGGUGACUGUACAAAAAAAACAAACUCCUGUAAAUACUCUAUUAAAGCCUGUCAGUCAA